CUCUGCUGGGCAGUUUGUCCCCCUCCCCCCUAUCCCAACCUUCUCGGGCUCUCUGACCUCAGUGAGAUUGCAGCCGGCCUGGGGACCUCGGAGAGACAUGGAAGAAGAGAGAGGGGGUUCCCUGAUGGUUGUCGACCAACAGAGUAGGCCACCAUGGCUGGAGACUUGGCUCUCAGAGUAAUGAGUGAUCUCUGGAAACAGACGCCUGCACAGAUUCCUUUAGGUAGGAGAGUCGCCUACUGCAAAGAGCCGGAGGAGCCUGGGGGGGACCUGGCCGGCUAGGUAUGGGGGGUCGAUCAGGAGGCCGGCCCCCUGAUCCCGGGUCCCCCCUUGGCGGCCCCUCAGCUCUAAGAGCUCUGGCGCUGCUGUUCCUCUUCUGUGCGCAAGCUCAGGCCCAGUGCAAGAUCCUGCGCUGCAACGCCGAAUACGUGGCGUCCACGCUGAGUCUCCGCGGGGCCGGCGAGUCGAGUGUCCGCGGUGCGGGGUCGGACUCGGCCUCUCUCUGCCGGGCGCUCCGCUCCUACGCGCUGUGCACCCGGCGCACCGCGCGCACCUGCCGGGGGGACCUGGCGUUCCACUCGGCCGUGCACGGCAUCGAGGACCUCAUGAUCCAGCACAACUGCUCGCGCCAGGGCCCCACGGCGCCCCCGCCGCCCCCACCCCGCGGGCCGGCCCUGCCCGGCUCGGGGGCGCUCCGCCCCGCCGGCCCCGCGGCCCCCGACCCCUGCGACUACGAGGGCCAGUUCGCCCGGCUGCACGGCCGAGCGCCCGGCUUCCUGCACUGCGCGGCCUUCGGGGACCCUCAUGUGCGCAGCUUCCACCACCACUUCCACACCUGCCGCGUGCAAGGCGCGUGGCCCCUGCUGGACAACGACUUCCUCUCCGUGCAGGCCACCAGCUCCCCCGUGGCCUUGGGGGCCAACGCCACCACCACGCGCAAGCUCACCAUCAUAUUUAAGAACAUGCAGGAGUGCAUCGACCAGAAGGUGUACCAGGCUGAAGUGGACAAUCUUCCCGUGGCCUUUGAGGACGGCUCUGUCAAUGGGGGGAACCGACCCGGGGGUUCCAGCCUGUCCAUCCGGACGGCCGCCCCGGGUGGCCACGUGGAGAUCCAGGCUGCCUACAUCGGCACCACCAUCGUGAUCCGGCAGACUGCCGGGCAGCUGUCCUUCUCCAUCAGGGUGGCCGAGGACGUGGCCAGGGCUUUCUCGGCUGAGCAGGACCUGCAACUCUGUGUGGGUGGGUGUCCUCCAAGCCAGCAGCUCUCACGCCUGGAGCGCCAGCGCCGGGGUGCCAUCAGCCCGGAGACUGCCUGGCAACUGUGCAAGGAAGGGCUGCCCGUGGAGGACGCUUAUUUCCACUCCUGUGUCUUCGACGUUCUCAUCUCCGGGGACCCCAACUUUACUGUGGCAGCUCGGGCGGCUCUGGAGGAUGCCCGCGCUUUCCUGCCAGACUUGGACAAAUUGCAUCUGUUCCUCUCUGAUGCUGGGGCCCCUCCGUGCUCAGCCAUGCUCAGAGGUCCAGCUCUCUCUGGACUCUUGGUUCUGUGGCUUUUCACUCGGUGAUGAAUCCAACAAUCCCUGGACUGAAGUGAAAACAAUCUGGGGAU